UUUAAACACGAGGAUCUUUCAAUUUUGAAUGUUUGAAAACAACAAACGUGCGUGUGCGUGUCUUGUUCUAUUUAGUUUGCAUGUGAAUCUGAUAUCACGACAUAAAAGCGCGCUCCAAUUCAAAUUGUGUUUUCUCUCAUUUCCUCUUCCCUCUCACACCACCCACCAGAUCCACCCACAAACCCUAAUCCACCAAAACCAAAACCCUCACUUUCAAUUUUCUUCUUCAUUAACUCAAACACUAACCUUUGACUUAACGUAUGAACGAGGAUUGCAAUUCUGGAACAGCGUCGCUGUUGACCUCCCCUUCCAAUUCCAAGAUCGUCGGAGAGAAGCGUGGCAGUACUCACGCGGGACUCAACGCUCGAAAACGGGUCAAGAUGAAGGAUCUUGACUCCGUUGUUCACUCCGCCGAAACUAAUAGCCGUUAUUCGGAGUUUAAAAACGACAAAGAAAACAGUGUUCAGUGGUCGUUGGGUGCCUCGGAUGCUAUACAAGAAGGGAAAACGGGGUUGCCGGAGGAGUUUAAUUUUGCGGCUAGACCUUUGGAUCUUAACACCGAAGCGUGCAAAAUUGGAGGGUGUGUUGAGACUUUCGCGAGAGAAUCGGUGUCCGUGAAGCAAGAGAAAGACCAUGGUGGGAAUUUAGUAGUUUCAAGGGGAAUUAACGUGGAUCUGAAUGCAGAAGAUGUUACUAGCUCUGUGAAUUUGGAGCCGGCGAAUUUGUCUAAAGGGCGCAAUUCUUUUAAGUCGAAGGAUGUGUCUGAGAGUGGGAGCUGUUUGGGGCCUUCGGAAGAGAAAGAUCCGAUGACAAAAUGGCAGCAGAUGAAGGAAUAUGGCUUUUGGUCGCCCUCUCGUGCCGGCAUUCCGAAGCCGAAGCAACGUGGGAGGAAGAGUAAGAAUGAAAUUAUGAAGAAAAAGAUGGAGCUUGCAAAAAGGGAACAGGUUAGCCGGUUUACAAAGAUUGCUGCUCCAAGUGGGCUGCUGAAUGAGUUGAACCCUGGAAUUAUAAAUCAUGUGAGGAAUAGAAAACAGGUGCUCUCCAUUAUUGAGGCUCUUGUAAGGUCUGAAAAGCAUGAAAGUAGCAGUGCAGGGAGCAAACAAGCAGCUCAUCGAAUACAUGGAAAUGUAGAAGUUAGUAAGAGGGAUCAAGAAAAUGUGGCUGAUGUGGGUGAGAAUCAGCUUGCCUUUGCUCAUGUGGAAGGGACCCUUCAUAGUUCUUCAGGGAAUAGACAGGCAAGAAAGUUUCCUGUGACAAUGAAUGAUUCUUCUUCCUUGAUAUUGGAGGGUAAAGUUUGUGGUCGUGACGCGGGUACAGUAGAGAAAGGUUGUCUUAAAAGUUGCAUGACACAGUCAACGAAUGUUGUAGAGCAUGAUGGUUUGGCUCUGAAAUUGUCAUCUGAAACGAGGGCGUCAAUGAGUUCUACAACUUUGUCAAAUGAAGAAUCAUCAAAUGUCACAAUGGUUUCAUCUCUUUCCCUUAAAGCUGCUACUGUUGCUUCUCAAUGGUUGGAGCUUCUACAUCAAGACAUCAAAGGUCGUCUUUCAGCCUUGCGUCGUAGUAGGAGGAGAGUUCGUUCUGUAAUCACUACUGAGUUGCCUUUCCUUUUAUCAAAGGAAUUUGCAAAUAACCAAGAUUAUGAUCCUCACAAUAUGAAAAUGACUGCGGGACUUCCUGCUAGCAAAAUAGCAGAUUUGCAUCGUGCAAGAUGGACUGCUUUGUUUGAUCAUAUGGAUGAAGCACUUUCAGAAGAGGAAAAACAACUUGAAUGUUGGUUGAAUCAAGUAAAAGAAAAACAAUUGUUAUGUGACCAGGGCAUACAACAUGUAAACUGGAGCACGGCCUUUGGUUUACAACAGCCGGGAAAUUCUGUUAACAACUCCAGAGCAUCGGUAUUUGAUAGCUCGGAGAAAGAGUUAGCGGUGAAUGCAGCUGCUGCUUCCAUAUAUUCAACAUGUAAUUUUCUAUUGUCAGAUAGCUAACUUGUAUUUGAGGCUGAGUUCAUCUAAUUAUCUCAGAUAUUUAUUUUUUCUUUUAUCCAUCCUUAAUUAAUGACUAGCGAUUGCUAGUAAUUAUCAUGGGCACGUAGAAAACCUAAAGUCUAGGCCACCAUGAAGGCGACUGUUGAUUAUUUGCUAUGUUUGUAACAUUAGUUGUGGAAUAUAAUUUAUUCUUGCUUUCUUUUGCCGCCAA